AUGUCUGCACUCUGGUCAAGCCCGACUGCUCAAUACUGGACAGCACUGAUAGGCACUCUAUUUCUCCUCUACGCCCUCAUCAAAACUCUCACAUCCAGCUGGUCCUUCUUUCGACCCUCACAACUCCACCGCUACAACCACUCCAACUCCUGGGCCUGCGUGACCGGUUCUACCGACGGCAUCGGCCUGGGUUUCGCCAAAGAACUGGCAUCUAACGGCUUCAACGUCCUACUUCACGGACGCAACCCUACGAAAUUGCAGAAAGUCCGGAGUGAAAUAUCACAGCAGUUUCCAGACCGCAAAAUCGAGAUUGUCGUCGCGGAUGCUUCAAGUUAUGAUGACAGCUACAGCAUUGUCGUGGACAAGAUCAAGACUCUGCCGGGCACGUUGACGGUGCUGGUGAAUAAUGUCGGGGGGAUCAUGAGUACGCCGCAAUUCGUGGCUCAUAGUGAGAUCCCGCAUGAAGAUAUCGACGCCAUCAUCAACCUCAACCUCCGCUUCGGCACGCAUUUGAUCCGCGAGCUCUUACCGGUUUUGCGUGAGAAUGGACCGGCGCUGCUGGCGAAUAUUGGGUCGGUGGGGGGGAUUGUGGGGGUGCCGUAUAUUACGACGUACAGCGCGACCAAAGCGUAUGUGCACACGCUGACCGAGAGUCUGAAGAACGAGAUGGUGGCGGAAAGGGUGGAGGGGGUGGAUGUGGUGGGGUUUGUGGUGGGGAAUGUUGAGUCGAAUAGUAUGUUCACUAUGUCCUUUGCUGGUAAACUGAUGAUUGGGGAUGCGUGUACUGACUUCGACACCUCCGGCAGCCAACACGAACAAGAUGCCCUUCACGAUCACGUCAGCCGAGUGCGCUGCUUCCUGCUUGCGUCAAACGGGGGACGGCAGCAAGGCGAUGGUGUGGGCGCACUGGAAGCAUGUCGUCACGGCGAAUGUGUUGACCAUGUUUGGGACGAGAAUGAUGAGGAGGAUGCUGGCAGGGGAGAUGCGUAA